AUGCCAGCUUUUACUCUGUAUGGCUCUCGCGGUUCAACCAACACCGAUCGUGUCCGCCUGACUCUUGCGGAAGGUGGCUUUACGGAUUACGAACUCGUGCUUGUCAACCUUCAAAAAGGGGAGCAAAAGUCCAAAGAACAUGAGAAACGUCACCCGUGGGGUAAAAUACCCGUAAUAACUUCUGCCGAGGGUUUCACUCUCUACGAGAGUCGCGCAAUCUGCAAAUACCUCGCGGCGAAGUACUCCUUUCCACUUCUACCACCCGACUCCGACGCCGAAGCCGCGGCGCUGUUCGACCAGGCACAGUGCGUGGAGAUGCUCUACUUCGCAGAGCCUGCAGGUAGGAUCGCAUUCGAGAAAUUUGCCAAGAGAUUCAUAGGGCUGCCUCCCGAUGACGCCGUUGUCUCAGAUGCACUGCGGUCGGUGGAGAUGUUUUUCGAUGUUGCAGAACGUCUCUUACACCACAGAGACUACAUGGCGGGAAAUGACUUCACUCUCGUGGAUAUCUACUACAUUCCGCUAGUCCAAAGACUUUUCGCAUGCGGGUACGGAGACAUGAUCGUCAGUCGCCACGCUGUGAGGGCUUGGUGGGAUCGCUGCGUGAAUCGGCCAGCCAUACGGAGGAUGUUGGCCGCUGACAACGAGGCUGCGGUUGCAGACAGUAGAUAG